AUGGCCAGCAGAGAGGUCUCGAAGAAAAAUUUCAAAGAACAAAGGCAAAACGCAACAGGAAGCCUGAGAAGUGUCAGGCAAGGUAGAGGCAGCUGGGCACAGAAUCAAACAGACUUGGUAGAGGAUGUGACUGUAGAACCAACGCAGCAAAUACAAAUCAUGAGUCCGGUGGAAUACUUGGAAUAUGUGGCAACGAAAGAAGAAUUUUCUCCCUCCGCAAUAGCGGCUGCCUCAUCAUCGUCAACAACAGAGACCUCUCUUGUUCACACUUCUCCGCUUGAACCUACUGCCACAGCCUCCUCACCCUCGACUUCCGUGAUGACACCAAAAACCAGCUUGCCAAAAAUAAUCACCUCACCAAGUCGGCUCGGUUCGUUGUCGAACGUAAAUCGUUCGCAAACUGCAGUACAAUCUUUGCCUCUGUCACCUUUGGACGAGGUGAAAAAUCAACUUGUCGAUUUACAAACUGUUCCUUCAUCACAGAUGACCACCGAGAUUUCGGAUUCACCCACUUCAACUUUUGUGCAACUUCCACAACAUCAAUAUUCAUCACAUCUUUAUCGCCGACCGACGAACAGGAUGCAACCGCAAACUUCUUAUACCAGUGAUCCCGACAAUUCAACAUCAAAUGAAGGAAAUACAUCGUCAAAUAAUUCAAGUUCGUUGAUUCCUCCGGGACUACUUUUAAAUAAAAAUCGAUCAAGGCAUUCAACGCCGAAAUUAGAAUCUGGGCCCACAAUACAAUCUGGCUAUACCGCGCAAAUACAUAGGAGUGAUUCCCCUCUCAGAGGCUCUGAAACCGAUAGUCAAAACGAUAGUUCUAAAUACGAAUUUCGUCUGGACUAUGAUUUUAUACCUUAUAUCGGUGAAAAUUAUGAUCCGAAUAGUACUUAUACCUCUUCCGCUGUUCCAAAGAUUCCCACAUCAACUUUUAGACUUGGUAGAUAUAAUAACAGUGACAGCUUAAAUUCUCAACAAGAUGUCUAUGGACAGUAUAAUAAUCCCGAACCAUCGACCUCAACGGCUGCUCAACACCAAUUUGCCCAAAAUCUAUCUUACGACAUAGAAAAUAACGAUGCACGACCGAUCCGUCAUGAUGAUUCCUCAGUACCUUCAUCCACAUCCUUCACUUAUGUUAAUAGGCCACAAUUUCAACCACAAUUUUUUUCGCCGCAACUUAAAAACGAUCCCAUGCUGGUGCCACAUGGUUCGAUAAUCGCGCUUAGCUCCACCGAGCCCAUAUUUCAAACUGAAUUUCGGUUGGCUUCUGGAGAUCCUGAUGACCCAUUGUUGAAUAAUUGCGAUAAUGAAGCUGAGGAAAUCCUGGAGAACGUUAAUGAUGAGGGAGCGGGCGGUAACGAAGUAUUGGAAGAUAAUAAUAAAAAUUCUGUAUCGAUCGAUAUGGAAAAUGAGGAAGAAGGUUACGAGAUCAUAGACAAAAGCGAAUAUGAAAACCUCGAGGAUAGAGACAACCAAAAAAUAACGGAGGAUGGUUCAACUCGGGCAAUACAACUACCCAGAGACACGUACGUUCCUAUAAUUCGACAGCGAACGCAUCACGAAAAUGGCGAUAUAGAAUCUCAAAAGGGUAGCAUCACGCAAGAAAAAACAACUCAAUUGCAGGAUAAUGCGACAUCCCCUGUUUCUCCUGUCACACCAAACACACCAGAUACACCAGAUACACCAGAUACGCCAUCAACCCCUCUCAGAG